CUUCCUUCAUCCUCCCCGGCUGCCUUCAUCCCCCCUUCACCUCUCUCCUCAUCUCCCCUUCCUCCUCUUCCUCCCGGCCUCCCUCUCCCCCGUUCUCCCCUUCCUCCCUCUCCCUCAUCCCUUUUCCCCCUCCGCCUUCUCUUUCUCAGCCUUCCUCCCGCACAUUCUCCUCCUUUUCCUCCUCCUCUUCUUCCCGCCUCCCCCUCUCCCUCCUCUUCCUCCCCCAGCAGUGACGUCUCUGGACGUGCUGCUCCCGGCCCGGCGCAGGCACCGCUCGGGGCUCCGGUACCGCGGCCCGGCCCGGCUCGGCAGCGGCUCCGGCGGGGCGCGGGCGCUGUCCGGGGCCGCCCAUGCGGCCGGGGGGCGAUGUGGGCGGCGCGGAGCCGGCGGUAGUGCCCGCACCGGGCCCCCCCGGGAGCAUGGGCUGCAUCGGCUCCAAAACCACCAUCGUGGCCGUGGACACAACGCUGUGUGUGGAGUGGAAGGAGGUGAAGGCACUGUCACCCCUAAGUAUUGCCCGCCCGCUGCCCCGGCUGGUGCGCCAGGCGUCCUUCGACAGCCAGGACUUCCUCCAGGUCAAUGUUGAGGACACUGUCGAGAUGCUGCCCAAGUCACGGCGCGCACUGACCAUCCAGGAGAUCGCUGCCCUGGCCCGCUCCUCGCUGCACGGCAUCUCGCAGGUGGUGAAGGAGCACGUGACAAAGCCAACGGCGAUGGCACAGGGCCGUGUUGCCCACCUCAUCGAGUGGAAGGGCUGGUGUAAGCCAGUGGAGUCACCUUCCGCUCUGGAGAGCGCCUUCAGCUCCUACUGCCACCUGAGCGAGGGCGAGCAGGAGGCGCGAUUCGCUGCUGGUGUGGCGGAGCAGUUUGCCAUUGCUGAGGCCAAGCUGCGAGCCUGGUCCUCAGUAGAUGGGGACGACUCCAAUGACGAGUCCUACGAUGAGGACUUCAUGCCCUCCACAGAGAGCUCCCAGCCCACCGAGCUGACAGGCACGAUGCCCGCCAGCGCGCUGCUGCGAGACCUGCUGCAGGGCCACCUGUGCCAGCUGGGCUUGCGGCACGGCUCCUGCGAGCCCGAGAGCGACUCCUCGCACACCCUCUCCCCUGAGACUCUCUGCUCCAGCCUCUGCAGCCUGGAGAUGGUGUCCCCCUCCGAACUCACUGCCAAACUGCUGGGCUCCCUGGGGGGAGAGGACCUGCUGCUGCCCAAGCUGCCGCCCCCAGCCAGCCAAAGUGCCUUGCGGGGCCUGGCACGGCUCCGGUGCCAGGACUCCCUCUACUCCGUGUCCUACGCUGAAGCCUGUCUCUCGCCCACGGAGGACGAGGUGGUGCUGAGCAAGGACUUCCCGCUCCGCCGGAAAAUCUCUGACGUCGCCUCCUCCGGGGUGGCCUCACUGGAGGAGGAGGAGGAGGCCGAAGAGCCCUGAUGCCUCCUGGGGUGCCCUGCCUCUCCUGGUGGGGGUCCAGGUCCCCUGCUGAAGCCCUCUGGCCAGACCCCAUGCUGGGUGAGGGACAGGCCCUGCCGCUGCUCCCCCUCGCUAUCCGGGUGCAGGAGGGGUCCGGAGGCCACUGCAGCUCCCCCAGCCAGUGUGCCCCCACUGUGCCCCGGCCCUGCUUGGCCAUAUCGUUGACCUCCUGGAUUUUUGCAUGAGAGCAGGGAAGGGGCGCAGGGAAGGGCUUGAGGGAGUCUGUCCUCUGCCCUGAUGCCCAGAUGUGCCCCCAAAAACUGACAAGACUAAACAAGUGGGGCUGAUUGUUCGCAUGUUCUCCCCCAACCCACCCUGGGCUCCCCUUUUGGGCACAGUUCCCGCCCCCACAAUGGCAUGGCUGAAAAUAUCCAAUCAUCCUGUGGUGCCUCUACCACCCCAAGCCAGGGUGGUGGUGGGGGUUUCGCUGUGGGAAGGGCUUUUCUCCUCUCUCCCUGGCCAACUUCUAUUGGACCGAGUUUAAAACUGUGAACUGCUGCCUUGGAGCAUGGAGCUGCUGGAGGGGUGCUGUGGGGGUGCCAGGGGUGCUGGGGGGCUGUGGAUGUGCUGCGGUGCUGGGACUUUCUAUACUUUUGUAGCUGCAUGGGGCUGACACAGGAAGACUGCAGGGCCAGGUGGGUGCAGGCCCCCAGGUUGGGGGAUUUGGGCCACCAGAACAGCAGUCCCAAUCCAGCCCUGCAGCAAGGGGGUCAGCCCAGCCAGGCGUCCCCAAGUCUGCUGUGAGGCAAUGCAGGGUGGAGAGAGGGGGUAGGGUGUGGGACUGAUGUCCCUGUCGACAAGUCACUCACCCCUAGCAGGGAACCAAGUGCCUACAAGGGCGACCAGCCCCCCCUGUCCUGGCUGGGGGUGGCACCCCCCCUCGACGACCCCCCCAAGCCCACGUGAGGGGUUCCAGGCACGUCGUUUGGGGGAGGAAUGCCAGUUUUUGCCAACGCUUGCGCGCCCCUUCCCGCAUGGCACGUGUUCUCGUGGGGCCACUCUCCCCUGCAUGCUGCUCCUCACCCAGCCCAGUCACUGUUCCCUGUUCCCACACCCCGGGAUGCCCCCCAGCACCCCCUGCACCUCUGCUCCUCUGCAUCCCCCAGCACACCCGCCAGCCCCUGCCAGGCACAGCUCCUGUUCUCCCUUCCUGCCAUGGGGUGCCCACUGUGGGGCUGGCCCCCUGCCCUGCAUCACCGAGGGGCUGCAGGGACCAGCAGGCCCGACACCAUCAGCCGCGCUGCUGGCUCCCUGCCACCCGCCGCCACUCGCUCCGGAGGCCGUGGGUGCUCCUCGCGGUGCUGGGGUGGGCUGGGGGUGCCUGUGGAUGGCUGGGGGGCUUUGCUCUGAGUGUGUGUGCAUGUGCACACCUGGCAGCGCAUGGGCAUGUGCACGCGUGUGCAUGUCUGUGGCAGCUGCCCGAGCCCCCCGCCCCGCUGUGGCGGUACCUGUGGAGUAUCCGCGGGGUGCCCACACCGUGGCACCCCCUUCUCCAUCCUGCCAGGUCUUGAAUAAAGUCAAUUGUGCGAGCGCUGCA